AAACUAGAUUCAGGGCUAAAGAGCACAGAACUAAACCUUACUCUGUUGACGGAUGCAGUGGGAAAGUGAAGCAUGGCCGGGGAAGGAGAAAAGAAAGCAGUACUAGAAAUGGUCCAGGCCGACGGGGCAGAUGAGGGCUGUGUGACUUUUGUGCUGCACGACGAGGACCAUACGUUAGGGAACUCCCUCAGAUACAUGAUCAUGAAGAAUGCGGAUGUGGAGUUUUGCGGCUACACCAUCACCCACCCGUCAGAGAGCAAGAUCAACUUUCGCAUUCAGACACGAGGGGGAAUUCCAGCCGCAGAGCCGCUGCGGAGAGGCCUGAACGAGCUCAGCGAUGUUUGUCAACAUGUUCUCAACACAUUUCAGGCAAGAGUUAAUGAGUUCAAAGAAAGACAAGAGCAACCCAUGGAAUGAACGGCGUUUGGCACGAGGGACAGCGAGGGAGUCGGAGACACCAGUUCUGCAUCCACACCAUGAAAAUGAGUUACCUGGACAUUUCUACUUUUUUUUCGUAUUAUUUAAAUAUACAUACUAGGGAGCAGGAGGAAUGGCAAGUUCUCCGAUUCCUGAACACAGUCUGUAUCAGUUUCAAACAUCUGUGCAGCUUUUGUAUUUGUAGUAUUUUCAAAUUGAUUAAUGAUGAUAAAUGUGAAUACGUUUUGUGUUUAUCAUUCCCUGAAUGCUGGAAUGAUGAUUGAAACAAAUAUAAAACAUUAAACUCUUAAAGACUU